AAAGUUUUUAUAUAAUCUAAUGAUAAGUACAGUUUACAGGACUACAUUUGUGUAAGCAGCAGGUAGACUAUAUGAAACAAUGAUUGUUCGGGUUCUUCCAUUAGUAUCUAAUAUCAGUGCCAGACACUUUUGUGGUGUGAAAAAUGUUGUAUCAUCAAAAUCAAGCCUAUCUGCUAUGCGAUGUGUUCUUCAAGAUACAGGUUCAUCUACAAAGUUUGUCACAAGAACAUUUACCACAGCACAGAAGUUGGGAGCGAGGGGCGGAAGAGCUUCAUUUGUAUCUCAGAAGGUUUCUGUUGGGGGAACUACUGCCAUUACUGUGGGGCAGCUUGGACUAGCUGGAGCAUCUGCAUUAGGAAUCGGAGCUCUAUGUUACUAUGGCCUGGGUUUAGGAAAUGAAGCAGGCAUUAUUGAUAAGGCAGCAAUGUGGCCAAAAUAUGUUCGGGAUAGAGUUAAAGAUACAUAUUUAUACUUUGGGGCGUCACUUGGAGCUACUGCUGCAACAGCUUUAGCCAUAGCUAAAAAUCCUACAGCUAUGAGAAUUGUUUCAAGUAAUGGAAUCAUGGCAAUGGUACUAUCCAUUGGUGCAAUGAUCGGUACAUCAGUAAUAUGUCGAAGCAUUGCAUAUGAGCCAGGGUUUGGUUCAAAACAGCUUGCAUGGCUAUUGCACACUGCGGUAGUGGGUGCUGUCAUUGCACCAAUCACUAUUCUUGGUGGCCCACUCCUGAUAAGGGCUGCUUGGUACACUGCUGGAGUUGUUGGUGGUUUGUCCACAGUGGCAAUGUGUGCACCUAGUGAAAAAUUUCUUACAAUGGGUGGUCCUUUAGCUGCAGGACUUGGUGUCGUAUUUGUUGCUAGCUUGGGAUCUGCAUUUUUUCCACCCACAGGAGCACUGGGAAUGAGUUUGUACUCCAUAUCUGUUUAUGGUGGCUUGGUAUUGUUUGGAGCAUUCUUACUGUAUGACACACAAAAAAUUGUCAAAGCAGCAGAAUCCCAUCCAAAUUAUGCAGCCAGACCUUUUGAUCCUGUGAACGCAUCAAUGAGUAUAUAUAUGGAUGCCAUAAACAUUUUUAUUCGAAUUGCAAUGAUGUUAGCAGGUGGUAACAGAAAGAAAUAAACAGAUGUAAUAUUUUGUACAUUAUUAUAUACUACAUCAAACUUUGCGCAUUUUGACGUUUAUAUCUAGAGUUAAGCUGAAUGUUUCUGGACAUCAAUAAAAAAUGAUAAUGAUCUUAAUUUAAAACAUUAGUUGUCUGUGUUCAACAAAUAUAAUAUAUCAACGAAAAUUUACUAGAAUUUAAUUCUUUAACCGAGAUAUGAUAUGGUUACAUUUGGUGUGCUUUUCAACAUUGAUACUAAGGUUAUCACCAGCUUAUCUGUAUCGGACAGAGCCUUGGCUGUUUUAUAUUGAAAAUGAUAAUUUAUUCCAAACUCUCCUUAAGUCGUGGUUCCUAACUAGGGGACCACAUUAGACUAGGGCACAAAUCAAGUUUAAUGCAUUUUUGUCUGCAUAGGCUACUUUUCACUUAAAACGAAAUUCCCUGUUCUCCGUAGUUUCAUUACCUUGAAAUAUUAUUUCAAGUCACAGUGUAUUUGGAUCUUAUGCAUGGAUUGCAUGAUCGACGGAUUCAGAAUAACAAUAUAAAUACCUCUGUGCUCUGUGAAUUCUAAACUUUGUAAAUGUUUGUGUAUUAAAUGUGGACAUUUUGGCCUUCGGUUUGUUUUUAUUAUAUACCAUGAACAGUGGUAAAAAGUA